CACGUCGUUAUUUAGUGACAAAUCCCAAGCAACUCAAACUAAAUCUGUAAAAGCAGAUCUUUUCGUCGAGAGUUGAUUUUAAAUGAUUGACGACAAGAUUGGCUUGGGUUUCGUCCACAACUAAUAACAAACCACCACUAAUUAUACAGGUGUGCAUUAUAGCACCUCAGCAUGGCUGUGGUCAUCCGUUUGCAGGGCCUCCCCAUUGUGGCGGGCACCAUGGAUAUUCGCCAUUUCUUCUCCGGUCUGACAAUCCCGGAUGGUGGCGUGCAUAUUGUAGGGGGUGACCAUGGUGAAGCUUUUAUCGUGUUCGCAACAGAUGAAGAUGCAAGGCUUGGAAUGAUGCGCACUGGGGGAACAAUCAAAGGUUCCAAAGUGUCACUGUUACUUAGCAGUAAAACUGAGAUGCAAAACAUGAUUGAGUUGAGCCGCAGGCGUUUCGAAACUGGUAAUGCGGAAGGGGCUUCAGGAAGUACUAAUAGGUCAGGGCCUACCAAUAUUACUGGAGGAACUGAAAGGAGUACCUUGCCAACCACUGCACAAGGUUUUAGUAAUACCACUUCAACUAUAGCGACCACAGCUGUCUCUGUUAAUGAGCCUGUAUGCAACAAAAGUACUCCAAUCUUUACAACUAUAGGUAACAUGGCUCCAAACUUUAAUAAUUUCAGCAGCCCAAAUCUUAGCAUGGGGUCCACCAUGACUACUGCCAUGUCCUCCUUAAGUACUGUACCUCCUCCAAUACCCCCCUUGCCUACGAUGCCAACAUUACCACCUAUGCCACCCAUGCCAGUACCACCACCAGUGUCCACAUUACCCCCAGGACCAACUGUAAACCCUUUAACCUCAGUUCCACCAGUCCCUCACAUGGCUCACAUGCAACACCUCUCUGCACUCCCUCCUUUUAAUCCCGGUGUUCCUCCGCCAGUUGGACCUGUAGGUGGUGGUCUUGCCUCAGGACCACCUAUGUCUCUUGGAAACCCAAAUCCAAUGUUUCUUAACCCCUUAAACCCCCUAAAUCCCCUCAGUCUCCAGGCUCAUUUGAAAUCAGCACUGAUGAACACUGAUGAGUUGUACAUACAGGUUCAAGGCCUUCCUUACAAUACAUCUGAAAUUGAAAUUGAAGAAUUUUUCCAUGGAUUAGGGGUUGACUCCAUUCGGAUACUCAGAGAUGCUCUUGGCAGGAGCAGUGGCAGGGCUUUGGUUAAAUUUUUUACACCCCAUGAUUCCUUUGAAGCUCUUAAACGAAAUGCUGGUAUGAUAGGCCAAAGGUAUAUAGAAAUUUUGCCUGCUUCAGAUAGGCAAUGGAGAGAUACCCAAGGAUCAUGUGCAGAGCAGCAUAAAGUAGGUAGUGACUCAGAACAGAGUCGGCAUCAUCGUGGAAGUGCUUCCUCUGCUUCCCCUUCUGUCCGAGAACGUGCUAGGUCUAGGUCACCUCAUAAACAAGAGUUCUGUGUGUACUUAAAGGGGCUCCCUUAUGAAGCGGAAAAUAAACAGAUAUUUGAAUUUUUCAAAAACCUGGACAUUGUUGAAGACAGCAUUUACAUUGCAUAUGGACCCAAUGGCAGGGCAACUGGGGAGGGUUUUGUGGAGUUUAGAAAUGAAAUGGACUACAAAGUUGCUCUUGGAUGUCACAUGCAGUACAUGGGAAGCCGAUUUAUACAAGUGCACCCCAUCACAAAGAAAAACAUGUUUGAAAAGAUUGAUGCAAUUCGUAAAAGAAUGCAGGGCUCCCAGGGGGAUCAUAAAGGUAGCUCAUCAGAGGGUGGAAAAGGUUCUCGAAUUUGUGCUCAUAUAACAAAUAUCCCCUAUAAUGUGUCAAAGAAAGAUGUACGACUGUUUUUGGACGGAAUUCAGCUGUUUGAAGACAGUCUCAAAGUACUAGUUGAUGGCAAUGGUAAUGGUCUUGGCCAGGCUGUGGUGCAGUUUAAAUCUGAGGAGGAUGCCCAUAAAGCUGAACGAUUACAUAGGCAAAAGUUAAAUGGCAGGGAUGCCUUUCUCCACUUAGUUACAUAUGAGCAGAUGAAGGAGGUUGAGAGAAACCCUCCACCACAGUCAAAGCGGGGACAAAAGGCCCAAAACCAUUCCCUUGCACAUGCCCAUGCCCAUGCCCAAGCCCAAGCUCAGGCCCAAGUGCAAGCCCAUAUCCAAGCUCAAGCACAGCAUGCUUUCCCUGGAAUGACCGGGGAGGAGUUCAGUUUUCUCCGAAAUGCUGUGGGAAAUCUUGGUAAUGGCCCCCCAUUUGUUAACCCAUUUGCUGCACCAGGUAAUGGCUUAGCAGGCCCACCACCUAUGCCUCCUUUAGGUACAGCUGUGGGUGAUGUUUCUCUUCCUAUGCCUCCACCAGUUGUUGGAGGUCACUUACCAGGGCCUGUCCUAGAGCCACCUGGUUUCCGACCAGGUGGCAGUAAUGCACCUCCUGGUUUUGUUGGAGCCCCUGAGAGCUUAAGGAGCAUGCCUUCAUUUGAUAAUGGAUCCUCAAGGAAAGGUGCAAGUCAAAACCGAGGUGGAAACCAAGGUCGUUCAGCAGCCUCUCAACCUGCCUUUGGUCCAUCCUCUGAAAAUCCAAGGGCAUCAUCCACUGGUGGUGCAGGCAACCCACGGCCCACUAUUGUUAAAAUUCAGAAUAUGCCUUUUACUGUCACAGUUGAUGAAAUAUUAGAUUUCUUCUAUGGUUAUAAGGUGUUGCCUGGCUCUGUUUGCUUGCAAUUUAGUGAGAAGGGACUGCCUACAGGGGAGGCAAUGGUUGCAUUUGAUUCCCAUGAUGAAGCAAUGUCUGCUGUAAUGGACCUGAAUGAUAGGCCUAUUGGUGCAAGAAAAGUAAAAAUCACUAUGGGAUGAAGGAAAGCAUGACAAAAUGUAUGGAUAUGCACUGAGCUUAGUGGCAUAACUUUUUUUUUUUUAUCUGAUCAGACAACAUGCUACAUUCAGUAGACCCUAUAGAAAAAUGUGUUGGCCCUUUUAAAGUGUGAUUGUGAAAGUCAACUGUUUAAAGGAUGAUCUGAUGUCUGUUUUUGUCUAAAGCGCUCGAGACUGGAGUCUAAUUGUGUCAGAGCUGAGGUUUUGUGGAAUUCAUAAAGAGGUGUAAGAACACUUAAUUCUAGCAUUUUGAAAGUGUAGGCUGAUGGCUAUGCUAAACUGUCUGUAAUGGCAAAUGUCCUUAUCUCUAUUUCCCUCUCUGUCCAUAUUCUUUACCCAAAUUCAUUUGCUGUACUAUAUUUUCAGUAUAUUUUGUGGUUUGAGCUUUCUCAAAUGCGGUGUACACCUAAUGCUGCCAUGCAUGGUGUGUUUGCUCUCAAAUACAACUCUUACCCUCUUAGUUUUAUUUUUACAAUAGACAGUAAAUGCUGGAAAGUGUUUUCAGCUGAUGUUCCACAUUGAGUGCAAGGUCUAUAGGAAGAAUUUUACCUGUGUGAAAUACAAGAUGAUGAAUGCGCUGACUUUAUUCACUGUAAAUGGAUACGCAGCUAUUUGUUUAAUAAAUGCGGCAAUGUAAUGUUUUGUAAAUGAAAGCUUUAUACUCUUAACUUCUCUCUACCAUGUGUAUGUGUAUUUUUUUCCCUUUUUAUUGCUGUGAUAUAUGGUAGCAUUUUUGCAUUUUCUUUUCUUUCUUUUUCUCUUUCUUUCUUUUUUCCCCCUAAAGAUGUCAGCUUUCCACAGUUAUUUUGGUUUAUUUGCUGUACAUAUUUUUCUAGCGUAACUAUUUUGUCAAUAAAAUGACAUUCCUGAAUUUUUGAAUUUGCAAGGUAUUGUAUUUUUUUCUCCUGCCCCCUUUCCCUGUUUCACUCUACAAAUAAACAAUAAAGAUUUUUUCCUCUG